AUGGGGAUCACAGAAAGAUCAAAGAAGAGGGUCCAGCUAUGGAAGAAAGCUGUAGUCCAUUUUGCUUUGUGUUUUGUCAUGGGGUUCUUCACAGGAUUUGCUCCAACGGGUAAGGCUUCGAUUUUCGCUAGACCUGCUGUGAUCUCCUCAAAUAUAUCAGACCACCUUUCGCCGCGGCCAGUAGAAUCGCCGCAACAAGUAGCAGCAGAUGUUAACAGAAGUUUGAUAGCAGAGACACCAAUUGUGGCAAUGGCAGCUGCCCCUGCAAGGCAUAAAGAGCACACCGAAAACUCGAGAUUCAGAUCACAGAAAGAAGAACAACAAGAAGAAGAGAAAGAACCCAAGUUGACACCAAGAAGGUUCAUAAUCAUUGUGACUCCAACAAGCACAAAAAACAAAUUUAAAAGUGUGCUUUUGAGAAGAUUGGCUAACACUUUAAGAUUGGUUCCUCAGCCAUUGUUGUGGAUUGUGGUGGAAGCAAAAACAGAAUCAAAUGGAGUGUCUGAAGCUCUCAGGAAAACAGGGAUUAUGUAUAGGCAUUUGGUUUUCAAGGAGAAUUUCACAGACACAGAGGCGGAAAUGGAUCAUCAGAGGAACAUUGCACUUAAGCACAUUGAGCAGCACAAACUUAGUGGGAUUGUUCACUUUGCUGGCCUUUCUAAUGUCUAUGAUCUUGGCUUCUUCGACCAGCUCAGAGAAAUUGAGGUAUUUGGGACAUGGCCCAUGGCACUACUUGCAGCAAACAGAGAGAAAGUGAUCAUUGAAGGACCUGUGUGUGAUUCUUCACAAGUCAUAGGAUGGCAUCUGAAGAAAAUGAACAACCAAACAGAUCCAAGACCUCCCAUUCACAUUUCAAGUUUUGCAUUCAAUAGUUCAAUUCUUUGGGACCCUGAGAGAUGGGGCCGCACUUCAUCGCUUCAAAGCUCCUCUCAGAAUUCAAUCAAAUUUGUGAAAGAAGUGGUUCUUGAAGAUGAGACAAAACUGAAGGGAAUCCCACCAGAAGACUGUUCCAAGAUCAUGCUUUGGUCUCUUCGUUUUCAUGCUGCUGGAGGAGCCACAACCACCAAACACCAAAUCAAUCAAUGA